AUGGCGGCAACAAAUCGACCAAAUUCAGUUGAUCCAGCACUUCGUCGUUUUGGUUGUUUUGAUCUAGAAAUUGAUAUUGGUAUUCCUGAUGUUGUUGGCCGUUUAGAAAUUCUUUGUAUACAUACAAAAAAUAUGAAAUUAGGUGAUGAUGUUGAUCUUGUACAAAUUGCUAAUGAAACACAUGGUUAUGUUGGUGCGGAUUUAGCAUCAUUAUGUUCAAAAGCUGCUUUACAACAAAUUCGAGAAAAAAUGGAUGUCAUGGAUUUACAAAAAGAUACAAUUGAUGCUGAAGUACUCAAUUCAUUAGCUUUUACACAAGAGAAUUUUCGAUUUGCACUUAAUCAAUCAAAUCCAUCAGCUUUACAUGAAAUAGUUGUUGAAGAACCAAGAACAACAUGGGAAGAUAUUGGUGGCUUAGAAAAUGUUAAACCUGAAUUACAAGAAUAUGUUCAAUAUUAUGUUGGACAUCCGAAAAAAUUUCUCAAAUUUGAUACGACGUCAUCACAUGGUGUUCUCUUUUAUGGACCAUCUGGUUGUGGUAAAACAUUAUUAGCAAAAGAUAUGGCUAAUGAAUGUCAAGCAAAUUUUAUUUCGGUAAAAGGUCCUCAAUUAUUAACUAUGUGGUUUGCUAAAUCUCGUGGUGGUAGUGCUGGCGAUGGUAGUGGUGUAACUGAUCGUGUCAUUAAUCAAAUUUUAACUGAAAUGGAUGGUAUGGAUGCAAAGAAGUUUUUUUUUAUUAUUGGUGCCACCAAUCGACCGGAUAUUAUCGAUUCAGCUAUUCUUCGACCAGGUAAAGAAAUAAAUCCCCAUGUCACUGGUCAAAACAUAAAAAGAUUUAUCUAA